AGCUUCAUUUCCUGCACAGCAAUGCUAAUGAGCUCUCUUCCUGUGUGCAUUUGUCACAAAGAUUAGUAAGACUCGUUCAUCGUCGCUAAACCUCAAAUAUGACGAAAAUAAAUUGAGUUGGAAUCAGAUGGAUACCCGCAAUCAUUGAUGUUAAGAGCAUUCGCUGGGAAAGGCCUAAAUCCAGACUUGAGCGGCAUAAAAAUAUAAGGUUAGCUACAUGUUAACGUUACCAAGACCAGUGGAGUCUCUCUGUGCAGCUGGGGUAUAGCUGGUCAACUCAAAACAGAGGGUUUAUUGCUCAGUCGGAAUCAAACUCUCUUUCCAGACAUGUCGUGGUUCAAUCAUGUCAGUCAAGGCUCAAAUCAGCAACAGCAGCCCACUGACAGACUCUCAGGCACAGACAUGCUGUGCAGUACCCUUCACUCUAGGCAGAUCGAGGGAUCACCGAACACGGCAACACAACACUGGACCAGCUGCUCCAUUCCCAGCCUGGAGGACUUUCCAUCAGCUCCACGGGGUGCAGUCAGCCCUCUCAGCCUUGAGAACCUGCUCUGCGCCUCUCACAGCGCAGGUAGGGUGAGAGAGCCUGAGCCCAUCUCUUAUGUGAGCCUCCAGGAGCAACGGUGCGUCCUGAGCUGGUUCCAGGGCUGGACCCCCGCUCAGAAGGAGCACUUCAUGCAGGACCUCCUGGGGAAAGCUGUACCUGGGAAAGUGUGCACCCUCCUAGAUUCACUCAGCACUCUUCAGGUUAAGGACAGACUACCAAACAUCUAUGAGUGCCAGCUGCGCCUGUGGACCCAGUGGUUCGAGUCUUGGGGAGAAGAGGAGAGGAAUCAUUUCCUGCACAUUCUGGAAGAGCGGGACCCAGUUUUUGUUGCUCACUUUUACAGGAGCGUAGCCGGUACAGCAGGAAGAGACUGAACGAUGUGAUGAAAAAGCUAACAAAAUGUGUGGGGAACGUGUGUUAUGUUAGGAUAAUUUUCUUACGAGAAAUGUUUGUGUAACUUUGAUGGGAUAUAGCGUUGAAGGCAAACCAUUUCAUUGUAAGAACAAAAGUUUUCUUUUAAUUUAAGCUGUUAUUAUUUAGUUUCCUACAUCAGUUUGGGCUACAUCUCACGUUAAACCACUUUUUUCUUUUUAUCAAUUAAGUUCAAAACUUUUUUGCCUCACCCGAUAUCAUAGGUGCAGUGAGGAUGUAUUUUUAUAGGCCGGCCCAGAACUUAGCAUUGGAAGGGCUCACUCUACAAAAAGUAAUGGGACUUUUCCAUUGGAUUUUGAAUAUUGCAAAACAAUUAAAUCUUAUGUUUAUGAAACUUACACGUGUUGUUCAGCACAAUGAUCGCCACAUAUUAACACCACUUUUGUGAUUUUUGAAGCGUAAAUGCAAUCCCCAGAAGUAAAAAGCUAACGUUAGGGCUAUAAACAAAACGCAUCACUGUCAGAUGACUUCACCUCACACCACUAAUCUUUGUUGUUCGGCAUGAUAACAUUUAUUGCUAAUGCUAACUAAUUUGCAGGUUUUAGGACCGAUUCCUGCACCACUCUCUGGUGUUCACUUGGUUGAAAUGUAGUUAAACUUACAAGCUUACUGUCCUUGUACAGGGCCUGCUGAUUGAAAGACCUUGAAUUUCAUGGACAAGAAGACACAUUCUUUUUGAAUAUAGAAAAAUAAACAAAAAUGCAUUA